UGCCACCUAUCAGUGUCCAUCAGUGUCAGCUGUCAGUGCUCAUCCAUGCCACCUGCCAGUGCCCAUCAGUGCCACAUCAAUGCCACAUAUAAGUGCCUACCAGUGCACAUCAAUACCACAUAUCAGUGCCCAUCUGAGCUGCAUUUCAGUGCCACCUAUCAGUGCCAGUCAGUGCCACCUAUCAAUGCCAUGUGCAUCAGUGCCACCUCUCAGUGCCAGUCAGUGCCACCUAUCAAUGCCAGUCAGUGCCACCUAUCAGUGCUGCCAAUCAGUGCCGCCUAUCAGUGCGCAUCAGUGUCACCUAUCAGUGCCAGUCAGUGC